CAAAUGUCACACCAUAGACAGGCAAACAUAUAGGUGCCAAAGAUUCCUGGAUAGUGCAACUUAACAUUCAGUAUGCUCUCUCCCGUUCUCUUAACGUUGAUCUGGAGCCUUGGAUUUGUACUGCAGGCUUUUGCCUUGCCUUACCACGGCGCAGACUUCUCUUCUCUGUUACUUCUCGAGUCAACCACCAACGUUACCUAUAGUUCUCCAUCUUCUCCUCCGCAGCCGUUUGAGACCAUACUCGCGGACUAUGGCACAAAUCUUGCUCGUAUUCGCAUCUGGACAGCUAGUACCUAUGAUCUUCCUUACGGGCUAGCUUUGGCUAAGCGGGCACAAGCGGCUGGAAUGGAUCUUCUCAUAGACCUCCAUUAUGACGAUACCUGGGCGGAUGCAGGUCAUCAGGCAAUACCUUCUGGGUGGCCCACAGACCUGGAAGGAUUGACAGCGCAAGUUUACAACUAUACGAAAGGUCUUGUCACUUCAUUCAACGAACAAGGAACUCCCAUUCAAUUCAUUCAGAUUGGCAAUGAAAUCAACGACGGCCUCCUCUGGCCAACUGGGCAAAUAUCUGUAAACGGCUUUGGUCCUGCUUCGGAACUUUUGCAUGCCGGAGUCCUCGCUGUGCGAUCUGUCUCUCCCACUACCAAAACUGUUAUCCACCUCGCAAACGGUUGGGAUGAGGCCGAUGUCGCCUACUUCUAUGGCGGGAUAUUCAAUGUCAGCUCUGGUGAAGAGGGCCUCGGUGGUGGCCUCCAAGAAUCUGAUGUGGACGCUAUGGGCUUUUCUUACUAUCCAUUCUAUGGCACUGAUGCAACUUUGACGGCUUUGACAUCGUCGAUGGAAAGCGUGAUAGGAAAUUAUAGCAAGAACGUUAUGGUUGUUGAGACUGACUGGCCCGCUGUCUGCAACACUACUGCAACACCAUUGAGCGAACCGACUAUUCCUGUCAGCGUUGCAGGACAGGAAUACUGGGUUCAAGACAUCAACGAUGUGUUAGAUGGCAUCAACUUGCUAUAUCCCGACAAGGCCAUAGGCAUCGUGUACUGGGAGCCUGGUUGGAUUGGGAAUGCGGCUUUGGGCUCAGGUUGCGCGGACACUCUCCUGGUAACUAGUACGGGUGAAGCAAGAGAGUCGAUGUCGAUGUUUGGAUUGGACAUGUGAAAUGUGCUGUACUGCAAUGUCCUUACGGCUCUCAGGCUAUUAUAACAUCCCCACGUACAUAUGUAAUUACAUAAAAAAACAAGCCGCUGCUAUAUA